GCGUUGUUGGGGCUUGCGGGAGCGAGGGAGUGCGGGAGAGAUGGAUGGGAUACUGAGGGGUGGGGAGGUGUCUAGAAGAGAGAGUGGGGCCCACAUGUCGGCGCAAAUUCACUCGGCUGAGUGAAGCAUCACGCGGCGGCUUCACCAUGGAGCCAUAGACGGGUCCGUUUCACGUUUUUUAGGUGUAGAGAUUAGUGUACUGUGUACAGUGAGCAAAAUUUUUUUGCCCUCUGUUAUUUAGCCCUCCCCUUGGUCCAUUUCUCGAUCCGCCACUGGAUGUUGGUACAGAUGGGUUGAACCCGCUUCCAUGGGCUGGAUCGGGGCGGGUUAUUUGCUUCAAAAUUUGGGUGGGGUUGGGUUAGGGGAACAACUUGAUAGCCUGAUGAUCGGGGUGGGUUAAGGGUGGAUUUAGCCCCAUUAGGCCUUAUUUGGAUGUAGUCGGAUUCGCAUCAAUCCACAUGUAUUGGGGUGGAUUGGAGUGGAACUUGAACUAAAUUCCACCCCAAUCCACUCCAACACAUGUGGAUUGAGGUGAAUCCAAUAACAUCCAAACAAGACCUUAACAGGGCGAGAUCCUGGUCUGGAUCCGAUGUUGGUCUGGCACCAAUACGGUGCUCCCGAACGAGGCCUUAAUUGGGCCGAAAGCAAGCCCCCCACCCCGAGGCCCUAUUGAGUGACAACUCUUCUCUUCUUCUUCCCCAGACGCCCGCGAUCGCAAUCCGCCGCCGCAGCCCGGCACCAGACGCCAUCUCUGGGCGUCAAGGUCAAGCGACUCUCACCCCCACUCCCAGUGCGUUCCCCUUCCCCGUCCACUCUCACCUUCCAGCCCUAGCUAGAGGCUAGUGCCUAGACCGGUGUACCUUGGGAGACGAGUGCCAGGUGCGGCGGCCGGCGGGAUCUAGUCAUCCGGGACGUCUGCACUUCGCCACAGCAGCAGGCAUCCCGUAAGCCGACAGGGCCGCAGGGCGCCGCACCAGAGGCUCAGCCGCGCAAGGCACCGAGCAGCCGAGCAACAAGUAGUCAGGCAGCCUGUGGGCAGCGGCAGACGGCAGCAAGGCUGGAAAUCACGAAGUACCUAUAGAGCUCAGCCCUGCCUACUAUUUUAGUCUGAGUCUGCCCCUGAUCAAGAUUCAAGUAUGGCUUCUGCCGGGUUGGCUGGGAUGAGCGGUGCGGCUCGUCCUCUCAUGAGGCUCGUCACCAUGAGCGGUGUGCCAAUCCUCCAGCAGCUGCACCUGGAGGAGGAGCUCCUGCGCUGCACUUCAGACAACUGGUGCAUCAUCAACAAUGGCACGACCCCUGCUACCAUCGUCAUGGGCGUGUCUGGGAGAGUCUCAGAGCUUGUAAAGAUACAGCCUGCCCUCCGGGACCAGGUGCCGGUCGUGAGGAGGUUCAGUGGAGGUGGCACCGUCAUUGUUGAUCAGGGAACGGUGUUUGUGACUUUCAUUUGCAACAAGAAUGCCAUUGCCGGGCUGCAGCCCUUUCCACGGGACAUCAUGUCAUGGAGUGGUCAGCUAUAUGGCAAAGUUUUUGACAGAUUUGGUGAAUUUCAUCUACGUGAGAAUGACUAUGCAUUUAGUCAUCGAAAAUUCGGUGGAAAUGCUCAAUCAAUAACAAAAAAUCGUUGGGUUCAUCACACAUCGUUCUUGUGGGAUUAUGAUGUGAAAAAUAUGGAUUAUCUCAAAAUCCCAAAGCGUGCACCGGAAUAUCGACUGGCAAGAAACCACACAGAUUUCUUGUGCCGCAUGAAGGAGUAUAUACCUUCACGUUCAGUUUUCACCGAUGGGGUCAUUGCGGCCCUGGGAGAACACUUCUCAGUUCAGCCCAUGGAUCUACAAGCAGUUCCUUCCGGUGAUGAAGAAUUUGUGCCUUCUACAAAGCUGCUGUCACAACAAGACCUAGAGGAAAUUGUUUCCUCCAAAGAAUCCCCUAGAGUACAGAAAGUCGAAGCAUGACCAUGAUUGUCGUUUUUUGUUGUGAAAUCUGAGCAAUUAUCUGCGCUGUGGAUUCAUUCAACUUCGAGUCCGACAUUAUGGUCACUGAACCACUGACAUUGUUUUUUCGAAACCCAGUACAUAUGAAGAUCCUCACACGCAUGUGCGUCAUAUUCCUA